GAUUUACCCAUUGGCAACACUAAUCCCAGCAAUGGCGACGAAGCCGUGCCGCGGUCCCGACGCUAGUUCCUGACGUGCAAACGAACCCCGUCGUCGUCGCCGCCGCCGCCAGCACGAGCUCAUCCAUCUCCGGCACUCCCCGCAACGCCUCCACCCAUGGCGUCCCAUCCGCCCUCGCCGUCCCCCGCCGCGCUCAUCGCGCAUCUCGCCGCGGUGCUCUCCUCCCCGGACUGGCGCUUCCACCCCUCGCUCCCGCAACUCCCUGCCCUCCUCGCGCCGUCCCUGCCCCGCACACUCCUCGUCCCACUCCCGCUCCGCCUCGCGGCCGCAGUCGCCCGCGCCGCAGCGCCGUCCCGCCACCUCCUCGACAUCUCACUCCCGGUCGUGCUCCGCCUCCACGCCCUCUCCCCGCCGCCGCUCCGUCCACUCUUCGACCGCACCUUCCGCUCCCUCCUCACCCACUUCUCCCGCUACGCGCUGACGCCGCUCAUGCUCCGGCUGUUCGCCCACAUGUACCACCACGGCCCACCUGCACCCACGGGUGCUACCUACAAUGCACUCAUCCGUGCCCUCUGCCGCCGCGCCGAUCUCCGCCACGCCCAACGGUAUCUGAGCCUCAUGGUCCGCUCCGGUUGGCGCCCAGACGCCUUCACGUUCAACUCCCUGAUAUUGGGUUACUGCCGCACGCAGCAGCUGGACGUCGCUCAAGACUUGUUCGACAAAAUGCCGCUCAGAGGAUUCUCACAAGAUGCUGUCUCUUACGCUGCUCUGAUCGAAGGAUUUUGUGAGACAGGGAGGGUUGAUGAGGCACUGGAGUUAUUCAGGGAGUUGGAGCAACCAGACAUGUAUACACACGCUGCCUUGGUAAAGGGGCUGUGUGAUGCCCGGAGAGGGGAGGAGGGUCUAUAUAUGCUGCAGAAGAUGAAGGAGCUGGGAUGGAGGCCAGCCACCCGCGCCUAUGCAGCACUGGUCGAUUUAUGGUGUAGGGAGCAGAAGGCUGAAGAGGCUGAGAAAAUGCUGAAUGAGAUGUUUGACAAUGGGUUGGUGCCUUGUGCUGUAACAUGCACCGCUGUCGUGAAUGCCUACUGCAGGGAGGGGAGGAUGAGUGGUGCAGUGAGGGUGUUUGAAUCCAUGAAGUUGAAAGGGUGUGAACCAAAUGUCUGGACAUACAAUGCAAUGGUGCAAGGAUUCUGUAAUGUUGGGAAAGUGUACAAAGCAAUGGCUUUGUUGGACCAGAUGAGAGAAUGUGGAGUAGAGCCAGAUGUUGUGACAUACAAUUUGUUGAUUCGAGGCCAAUGCAUUGAUGGGCAUAUAGAGAGCGCUUUCAGAUUACUCCGUUUGAUGGAAGGAAAUGGUUUAGCUGCUGAUCAGUACACUUACAAUGUGUUGAUUGAUGCUCUGUGUAAGACUGGGAAAGUUGAUGAAGCUUGCUCUCUUUUUGAUGGCCUAGAAUAUAGAGGCAUAAGACCUAAUUCUGUGACAUUCAAUACGGUGAUAAAUGGGUUAUGCAAGGGCGGUAAAUUCGAUGUUGCUUGCACGUUUUUGGAAAAGAUGGUUUCAGCAGGUUGUGCACCUGAUACAUAUACAUAUAGUCCAUUCAUUGAAAAUCUAUGCAAGACAAAGGGAUCACGAGAAGGAUUAUCCUUUAUAGAUGAGAUGCUACAAAAGGAUGUCAAGCCUUCAACGGUUAAUUAUACAAUUGUAAUUGACAGACUUUUCAAGGAGAGGAACUAUGGAUUAGCCACAAGAAUUUGGGGGCAAAUGGUGUCACUGGGGUGCAGUCCUGAUGUUGUCACUUAUACUACUUCUGUGCGUGCAUACUGCAAUGAAGGCAGACUUCAUGAAGCAGAAAAUGUUGUGAUGGAGAUGAAAAAAGGUGGGAUCAUUGUAGAUGCAAUGGCAUAUAACACUUUGAUUGAUGGCCACACAAGUAUUGGGAAGACAGAUCAUGCAGUUACAAUCUUGAAGCACAUGACUGGUGUUGCUUCUAUGCCAAAUCAUUUUACCUUUUUUAUCUUGCUUAGACAUCUUUUACAGAGGAGACUAGCAGAAGACGUACCUUUGAAAACAACUUCUGUGUGGAAGACUAUAGAGCUUGCUGAUGUCUUUGAAUUAUUUGAGCUAAUGAAGAAGAACAGCGUUCCUUCUAGUGCAAGAGCUUAUUUGGCCAUCCUGGAGGGGUUUUCUGAGGAGAGAAGAUUGGAUGAGGUGACUUCCUUGGUUUCUCAUAUGAAAGAAGAUGAUCUACCUCUGAAUGAAGAUAUAUACACUUCUCUUGUUAACUGCUUUUGCAAAUUGAGGAUGUAUCCUGACGCUUGGGCAUUGCUUUGCUCCAUGAUUGGACAUGGUUUUUUACCAAACUUAAUAUCUUACCAGUAUCUGCUUUCUGGGUUUACUGCUGAAGGACAAGCAGAUAGGGCUAAAGAAAUAUUCAGAGGUUUGAGAUGGAAAGAGUACAAUACCGAUGAAAUUGUAUGGAAAAUUAUAAUUGAUGGCUUGAUAAGACAGGGUCAUCCAGAUAUGUGCCAUGACAUGAUAUCCAUAUUAGAACAGAUGAAAUGCAAACCAAGUGAUGAAACGUAUGCAAUGCUGACAGAGGAAUUGUCCACCAGGGAAUAGGUUGUCAACUUCAAAGCUCACAGCAAACUCUCCAUCAGUCAAUCUGUGCUCAUCAGGUGCUUGUUUUUCAAGCGCAGCCUGUGUCAAGCAAUGCACGCCAGAAUCGCAUAGCUCAUGGAUUAUUGGAUGCACAGUCACACUGUGUUCAUGCCCUCAAAGAACUGUGCAUCGUUGGAGUUCUGUAGAAUGGUGCUGCCGACUGACCUGAGAAGCUAAACAUGGGACUUGUAACUGAUUAUUUAUGCAUUCGCACAACGAGUUGAUCUCUGCUGGAGCCACAAGCACAUAUCAGGUUCAAUUUAGGGAAAAAAAUUGUGAGGGGCUUGCUAUCUGUGCAUCAUACCCUCAGUCGGAGAGAAUUGUAGAUGGACACGUGCAUUGCACGGUUUAGGAAAAAGAGUUUGUAGCUGUGCUUUUUUUUAUAUAUAAAGAAAGGCUAUUAGUUUUGUGUAGAGCAUCAGGUUAACAAGAGAGCCAAUGAGCUAUCUUCGGCUUGUACAAUUUUGUUGGGAAACAUUCUUUACUAUUUUCUUCUUAUUCAAUCCUAAGAGCAAUAUAGGAUGAUUUGUGCUACUGGGUACAUAAUUUGUGAGAGAAAGAGAAUAAAUACUAAUUUUUCAUUUGGUUUGAGGCAUAGAAUGGGUGUAAGUGUAAAAUGGCUGAUCUUAUAUACUGCAAUCAUGUGUACACUUGUUGUCUUUUGGUUAAUAUUAUGAUCGGAUUUCC